AUGAAGUGUUCGGUUAUUGUGACGCUCUGUUUUUGCAGUUUGCUUAGCUUGACAGCGGCGAAUUUAAUCGAUGAUCUGCGCGAAUUCAAAGCAUUGAUACCGAUCAAUACAAUCAAAACACUUGGAAUUGGGCAAUACGUUUUCGACAUCAAAUUUCGAAAUGCGAUAAACUAUAUUCGCAGCAGAGACUUCAUGCGUACCUUGGCUGAUAUUUCAGAGAAACUCAGCGGCAGUGAGAUUGGCAAUUAUCUUAAAGCGCAGAGCUCCGGUCAUGAUCUAUUUGGAGCUUUCUACAGAUUUAUUAAAAAACAUGCGUCAAUUUCGCAUGCCAAAGUAAAGAAUAUUUUACCACGUGCGCGUUUUUAUAACUUUGCUGUGCAGAAAGUUCGGAGUAGCCCAGAGUUUGCGACAUUCUACAAAGGAAUCAAAGCACCUGAGUUUAAGCGACUUGUAUUGGCAACUAGGCAAUUGCCGCAACUGAGAGACGACAUCAGCAAACUGACGAAUAAUUACAUUGAUGUUGACGGAAUCAUUGCAUUGGCUUUUGAUAUUUUAAGCUGGGGUCCAUAAACAUCUAACUUAAGGGUUGCUUCGCAGUUGCCACUGACUGCAAGUUAUAAUUAA